CCUCCUUCCAACUUCGAACUUUUGACAGAUACUAUAUGCAACUGCAGUAAUUCAUUUUGUUACGCAGAAAGAUCGAUUCAAGGUGGCGUCAUUACCGUUUAGAUUCAAAGCAGGAGGCGACGGCAACAUGCCUUCCGCAGUGGGCGGCCAUUCUCAUCGGCCAACGAGCAAAGUCUCCCAUAAGGCCUUCAAGUCAAAAAAGGCAACCAAGGGCGCUCUUCGAGAAUUAUCCAAAGGCAAAGUCCCCAACGAAAAAGGGCAGCGCAAGACCCCCCACCAACAAGUCAUGUCUAAAAUCGACCGACGAAACCAGGCCAAGCAGCGCCAGCUGCAGAAAACCAAAGACCAUGAGAAAGACGUAUUGGUAUUCAAGGGCCGCGAUGGAGCUCCACGAAUCGUUGCGGUAAUCCCGCUAUGCGCCAAUGGGGAUGUCUCAGCAGCCAUCAAGAGCCUCAACGGUAGUCUAGAUAUCGAUUCCGAGGUCGUCGACAUCAGCUUCCGAGUAUCUGUCGACCGAUUCAAGCAAAAGUUGCAAUACGUGCCAUUGAAGCGGGACCUCACAGCAUGCAUGGACGCCGCUCGCGUAGCGGACUUUGUUAUCUUUCUACUAUCUGCCGAGCAAGAGGUUGACCCAUUGGGCGAGCUAAUCAUUCGAUGUGUUGAGAACCAGGGCAUGUCAACAUGCUUCACCGUUGUGCAGAACCUGGACCAGAUCCAGCCCGCCAAGGCAAGACCCGAUGUAGUAAAGUCGCUGGUUUCCUUCAUGACACACUUUCACCCCGACCAAGACAGGAUUUACAGCCUCGACGCGAGACAAGAAUGCUCUAACCUGAUGAGAUCGCUGUGCGGCACAACACCAAAAGGUAUUUACUGGCGAGACCAAAGGAGCUGGAUGCUCGCAGAUGGGAUCGAAUGGCCAACUUCUCCUUCGAGUUCGACGGUCAUCACCGGUGUUGUUCGUGGCAAAGGUCUCAAAGCCGACCGCCUGGUUCACGUGGGAGACUGGGGCACAUUCCAGAUUGAGAAGAUCACAGCUGCACCUCUUGCAACGAAGAAGAGGGGUGAUGGCGAUAUGGCCGUGGACGAGGUCGAAGCCGAGAACAUCUUAGAGACGCCGGGAGAAGACCAAGAUGAUCUUGCCGAACUGGCCCCUGAAGAAGUCGUCAUGGAGGACAUGGAUGCCGACACAGCAUCCAUUGCAACGACAGCUCAAAAGGGUGUUUUGCUCGAUGACCAUCAUUACUUUUCGGAAGACGAAGAGUCAAAGCCUGCCCAACCAAAGAAGCUGCCGAAAGGAACCUCAAACUACCAAGCGGCUUGGUACCUGGAAGAUGUGUCCGACUCCGAAUCAGACAUGGAUGACGAAGACAUGCAGGAUGCUCCAGAAGAGCCCAUGCAAGCGGGCCCCGAGGAUGGGAUCGAGGGCAUGGCUGCUCCUGAACCAACCGAAGUGGCGAUGUCGGAAUAUCCACAAUCAGAAAGGUUUGAAGAGCUGGAUGAAGAUGAUGACGCACAACAACUUGCAGCAUAUCGUGCCAGGAAACAUGAUGAAGCAGAGGAAGAUAUGGAGUUCCCCGACGAGAUUGAGCUACAUCCCCACGUCCUUGCGAGAGAACGACUUGCCAAAUACAGAGGAUUGAAGAGUUUGCGGACAAGUCCCUGGAAUACUGAGGAGGACCGACCAUUUCAGCCGGAGGAAUGGUCGAGGUUGUUGCAGAUAUCAGACUAUAAGUCCUCCCGAAACCGUGCAAUAAACGAAGCACUCGUCGGCGGUGUCACCCCAGGCACACGGGUGCACGUUUAUCUAAAAGCAGUGCCCAUGGAGCUUCAGAAGACGUACAAGCCUUCCCAGCCUAUUACACUUUUCUCGUUGCUUCGACAUGAGAACAAGAAGACAUCUCUUAACUUCGAUGUCACCCACAAGGAAGACUACGAGCAGUCGAUUAAGGCGAAGGAGGAGUUAAUUGUACAAUGUGGCCCUCGACGCUUCAUCAUCAACCCCCUAUUCUCCAUGGGCGGCAACACCGAGAACGACGUGCACAAGUUCUGUAGGUUCCUUCACCCAGGUCAAUCCGCAGUUGCGUCAUUCAUGGGUCCCAUCACGUGGGGCGCUGUGCCCACGCUGUUCUUCAAACGAACAAUCCCUAGGGGAGAAGAAAUUCAAUUAGAAGAGGGUGCUGGGUCCGAACUGCCUUUGCAACUUGUGGCUACGGGAACAGCGCGCGCGCCGUCAACCUCGAGAGUAGUUGCGAAACGGGUUGUCCUCACAGGUCACCCAUAUCAUAUCCACAAGAAGAUUGUCACCAUUCGGUAUAUGUUCUUCAACUGGGAAGAUGUGGAAUGGUUCAAGGCGUUGCCAAUGUGGACGAAGCGUGGCCGUAGUGGUUUCAUUAGGGAAGCGCUUGGUACCCACGGGUACUUCAAGGCCACAUUUGAUGGGAAGAUCAACCCGCAGGACAGUGUUGGUGUGAGUCUGUACAAACGGGUAUGGCCGCGAAGUGCAAGACCAUUAGAUGCGCCUCUACUGGAGGCACGAACGUGUGGAACUGUUUAAGACGAGGAUACCAGAUAGAUCGGCCUGGCAAGGGCUACUGCUACAUCAGCAUAGAGGUUUCACGAAUGAAUGACAAAAACAAUUUCUGGG